AUGCCUUCUCCACCCAGUGGUGUACAGGUGCGAGUUUACAAUGUCUCAGUUGUGCACGUGGGGCAGACUAAUGAGCCACUGAACCGAUUAGUUGAAACAGUGGAGGACAAAUUGGCGAGGGAUGCGGCUCAAGUAGCCAAGGCGCUUCUAGAUAAGGUCUGUUUGAAGAAAAAUGUCGCAAAACUGGUCAGGGGAACUACUGGAGAUUUCAACAUAGAAAACCUAACUUAUCCUCGAGUCACAACUCAGUUGUUUGUAUAUAGGGGUCUAACUGCCUCUCCCGAUGUAGUCGGAAGCAUCACUAUAAAAGACAAUGUAAUCGACAUUAAUGGAUCAUUUAACGCCACAUUCGACUUUACUCAACAAGAGAUGGACAAGAUUUUGACAUCUCGGGCAUUCAGGCUUGCUGUCUUUUUAGUUCCACCUUUUGCUAUGAUGAAGACCGAUGCCAUGGCGCCUACAAAUGGACCCGUUCCUUGUAAUAUAACUGAGCUGAAAGGAUUGUCAAUCGACAUUGUUACAGGAAUCCUCAAUCCUCUUGGUGUGACCUAUGAAUGCACCUGUUAUCCAUCAAGAUUUCGUGAAGAAACGUUGCUUAGUGUUGAUGAUGGGUUUGCAGAGAUGGCGGUCGGUGAGUUCGCGGUAACUACACGGCUCAAGAACAACUUUGACUUCAUUAGCAACUUCCUUUAUUUCACUUUCUCGAUUUUGGAGAAACCACCUGACAGCAAUCAGAAAACGUACCUCUGGCUAUUCUUCAAGCCCCUUUCUCCCGGCACCUGGGUCAUGGUGGUAUUCUGCUGCUUUGUUGCAGCCCUUGUUAUGGCGACUCUCAACUAUUUCUCUCCCAACCAAGUGAACUACGGUUUCAUUGAAUCCGUCUUCGUUACUUUCGGGUGUCUUUUUCAGGGGUUGACGGUAUCCCCACCAAACACCUGGUCUAGCCGCGUCAUGCAGUGUGUGUGGUGGCUUUUCGUACUCUUUUUUAUUGUCAUCUACAUCGCCAACUUCGCAGCGAUUAUGAUGUCUGAUGGAAUUCAAAAUGAAGCAACAGGAUUCCAGGCUUUAUUGGUUGAUGCAUCCACUCCGUUCGGAGCACUGCCCAAUUCGAUGGCUGCCGAACAACUUCACUACUCGUCGGAUCUUGAAAUUCAAAAAGUUAAUUAUCUCAGUCACCAUCUCUAUCCUCAGGACCCAUACAGUAAAAUCACCAUAGAAGAUCGCGUUAAGGAAGUAGCUCAGGGCAAGUAUAGGCUCAUUAGUGAUAGCUUCUCUCUGGAAUACUUUGCGUCCAGAUAUUGCCUUGUUGUCAGUGGUGAGUACUCCUCGCAGCAGUACGCAAUCCUUCUUAAACGAAACGCAGUUUACACGAGGUACUUGAACGACCGACUCACGAAUUACACGAAUGAAGGCAAACUCAAGACCAUCGUCGACACAUACCUGAAUCGCUCUGAUGACGUGUCGUGCAAAAUGCCUGCAAUCGAGCCGGGCAGGGACGAAACCGGCCGCAAAAGCAUAGCCCUGGCUGAAGUUGGCGGAAUCUUCAUCCUCAUGCUUAUCGGCAUUAUUGUGGCCAUUAUUAUUUCUAUCAUUGAAUGCUUCUUCGCCAGAAAACUUAUGUUCGAAGCAUGA